UCGCCGUCCUCCCCCCGCGGUGCCUGCGCGCGGGACGCGAGAGGGCCGUGGGUACCGGGGUGCAAGGAGGAGACGCCGCCCGCCCCAGGAGAGGAGGCGGCUCUGCCUCGGAGCCGCCCCUCCUGCCGCCGGAGAACAAACGGGAUAUUCAGCAGUGGCCUGUGGCUGCCAGAGCAACUCCUCAGGGGAAACUAAGCGUCGAGUCAGACUGCACCGUAAUCGCCUUUAAAAGCGCCCCAACCCCGCCUGCCGCGCACACCCGGCUACCUGGGCUGCCCCGCGGCGGUGUGUGCGAGAGAGGGGAGCGCGGGCCGGCGUGUGAGCCCGUGUUUAUGCCAGAGUGCGGGUCGCUGUGUGAGCCUGGCUGGGUGCGAAGGGGUGUGUGUGCCCGCGCGCGCGCCCUCCGGUGCGAGCCUCGAGCGUCUACACUGGCCAUGAGGGGCGCGAACGCCUGGGCCCCGCUCUGCCUGCUGCUGGCCGCCGCCACCCAGCUCUCGCGGCAGCAGUCCCCGGAGAGACCUAUUUUCACAUGUGGCGGCAUUCUUACUGGAGAGUCUGGAUUUAUUGGCAGCGAAGGUUUUCCUGGAGUGUACCCUCCAAAUAGCAAAUGUACUUGGAAAAUCACAGUUCCCGAAGGAAAAGUAGUCGUUCUUAAUUUCCGAUUCAUCGACCUUGAGAGUGACAACUUGUGUCGCUAUGACUUUGUAGAUGUGUACAACGGCCACUCCAAUGGCCAGCGCAUUGGGCGCUUCUGCGGCACGUUCCGGCCUGGAGCCCUUGUGUCCAGUGGCAACAAGAUGAUGGUGCAGAUGAUUUCUGAUGCCAAUACAGCUGGGAAUGGCUUCAUGGCCAUGUUCUCCGCUGCUGAACCCAAUGAAAGAGGGGAUCAGUAUUGUGGAGGACGUCUUGACAGACCUUCCGGCUCCUUUAAAACCCCCAACUGGCCAGACCGGGAUUACCCUGCAGGAGUCACUUGUGUGUGGCACAUUAUAGCCCCGAAGAAUCAGCUUAUAGAAUUAAAGUUUGAGAAGUUUGAUGUUGAGCGAGAUAACUACUGCCGAUAUGACUAUGUGGCUGUGUUUAACGGUGGGGAAGUCAAUGAUGCUAAAAGAAUUGGAAAGUAUUGUGGUGAUAGUCCACCUGCGCCAAUUGUAUCUGAGAAGAAUGAACUUCUUAUUCAGUUUUUAUCAGACCUCAGUUUAACUGCAGAUGGAUUUAUUGGUCACUACAAAUUCAGGCCGAAAAGACUGCCUACGACUACAGCACCACCUGUUACCACCACGUUCCCGGUAACUACAGGUUUAAAACCCACCGUGGCCCUGUGUCAGCAAAAGUGUAGGCGGACGGGGACUCUGGAGAGCAAUUAUUGUUCAAGUAACUUUGUAUUAGCUGGCACUGUUAUCACAACUGUCACUCGAGGUGGGAGUUUACAUGCCACGGUCUCAAUCAUCAACAUCUAUAAGGAGGGAAAUCUGGCUAUUCAACAGGCUGGCAAGAACAUGAGUGCAAAGGUCAUUGUGGUCUGCAAGCAGUGCCCUCUCCUCAGAAGAGGUCUAAAUUACAUUAUUAUGGGCCAGGUGGGUGAAGAUGGGCGAGGCAAAAUCAUGCCAAACAGCUUUAUCAUGAUGUUCAAGACAAAGAAUCAGAAGCUCCUCGAUGCCUUAAAAAACAAGCAAUGUUAACAGUGAACUGUAUCAAUUUAAGCUGUAUUCUGUCAUUGCCUUUGAAAGAUCUAUUUUCUCUUAGUAGAAAAAAAUACUUAAAAAAUUGAAUAUUCUGAAAGAGGAUUCUGAAAGAUUGGGCUUGUUUACUCUUCACGUGAGGUAGGUAUAGCUGAUGGGAAUUCUGUGCCUGCACUGAGAGGAGCAGAGAUCUGAUUGAAAACCUGCUGACUCAGUGCAGUGAUAGGCAAAUAAACGUGUGAAGCAUUGACAGCUUGGAAGCAGUUUAUUUAUGCAUCCUUGUAAAAGGAGAUUUUAGAAUUCAGUUGUGUGAAGAUGUAAAAAAGAGAUUUUAUAAGUGCAGUAUUUAUAGUGAUAUUUGUUCUGCCUUUAAGCAUUUGCUCUAAGGUGUGACAUUCUUUUCUUGCAUUUUUAAAAUCAAUGCUUAAUAAAAUAUUUUUAAAGGAUUACA